AUGAAGAUGACCUUCACAUCCUCAGGGAAGGUGGAGGUAGAGGCAUGGCUAGGAGUUCCUCAGCAGCAGCUCCCUACACCAAAGAUCACAGGUUGCAUUUGGAGAAAGCCUUUCUGCAAAGCCAAGAGGAACAGCAGCAAAAUGAGCACAGUUUUCAGACAAGUGACUUUCUCCAACACCUACAACAACUCCAAUAGUGUUACUGGUUUCAUCCUCCUAGGAUUCACCUACACUGGAGAGACUCAGAAACUUCUCUUCAUGCUACUCUUGACAAUUUACAUUCUGACCCUCUUGGGGAAUGGGUCUAUCAUUUGUGCUGUGUGCUGGGAUGAGCGAAUUCAUACCCCCAUGUACAUACUACUGGCCAACUUCUCCUUUCUAGAGAUCUGCUAUGUCACUACUACUGUCCCCAAUAUGUUAGCCAACUUCUUCUCUGAGACCAAAGUCAUCUCCUUCUCUGGAUGCUUCCUCCAGUUCUAUUUCUUCUUCUCUUUAGGAGCAGUAGAAUGUUUUUUUCUGGCCAUCAUGGCAUUUGAUCGGUAUCUUGCCAUCUGUCGUCCUCUACACUACCACACCAUCAUGACAAGACAUCUCCGAACAAGCCUGGUUGUCAACUGCUGGAUAAUUGGUUUCCUCUGGUUCCCUGUCCCCAUUAUCAUCAUCUCCCAGUUGUCUUUUUGUGGCCCCAAGAUCAUUGACCAUAUUCUAUGUGACCCCUCCCCAAUUCUAGUACACACCUGUACACCAGCUCCUAUAAUGGAAUUUACCUGUUCCUUCUUGAGUUCUAUGAUUCUGGUUGUCCCCUUCUUCUUUAUCAUAGGGACCUAUACUCUGGUCCUGAAAGCUGUGGUGAGGAUACCUUCAGGAAGAGGUAGGAAAAAGGCCUUCUCUACCUGUGGUUCCCAUCUUGUUGUAGUGUCCCUCUUCUAUGGAUCUGCAAUGGUGAUCUAUAUGAGACCAAGCUCUGGGCAUGAAGCAGAGACCCAGAAGGUUGUCACCCUGUUUUAUUCCAUGGUGACCCCAUUCUUAAACCCUGUCAUCUAUAGCCUUAGGAAUAAGGAGAUGAAAGAUGCCCUGAGGAAAGUACUAGGAUAUGAGAAUGAAAGUCUUUGUAAAAGAUAUCCUUUGAGAUCCAGCUAA